AUGUCCGCCUCUACCAAUAUAACCUCCACAGCCCUCGGCAUAAAAGUCAUGUCCUUCCUCACCUCCAUCUUGGCAGUCGGCAUCGAAGCCUACGCCAAACUCACGGGGAAAAGCGAAGAUACAGAGGACCAUUCAUGGCAGAAGCCUGGACCUGACGACCGCCGCUCCCCCUGCCCAAUGCUCAACGCCCUCGCCAACCACGGCUACCUCCCGCACUCGGGGCGCGACAUCUCCCUCGCCCAACUCAUGCACGGUCUACAACGAGGCAUCAACCUCUCCCCCAAUGCGACCUUGAUCGUAGGCAUCAAAGCCCUCCAAGCCAGCACCACCGGCCACUGGACGACAUUCCACCUAUCCGACCUCAACCAGCACGGCGUCAUCGAACAUGAUGGGUCCCUUUCCCGCGCUGACUUGUCGGCCCCGCCCAAUUUUGAUAACCAUACGUUUGUCCCGGAGAUAUGGGCCGCUACGCUGCAGGUACUGGGUGAUGAGGAGAGGAUUAGUAUCGAGAAGGCGGCGAGGAUGCGCGGUUGGAGAAUUGAAGAGGGGCCGAGAGGGAAUCCGAAUUUCAGGAUGAGUAAGGAGGAUAAGAGGUUUAGUGCGAUUGAGACGGCGUUGUAUUUGAGGGUGUUUGGAAGGGGGACGGAGGGCGGGGCGGAGACGAGGUGGGUGAGGGUUUUGUUUGAAGAGGAACGACUCCCGAUCGAAGAAGGGUUCAAGAGAUCCGACAAACCGUUGACGAUUGCCGAGGUUUUGGAGUUGCAGAGGAAGGUCGAGGCUGUCGGUGCUACUCCUGACCCGAAGUGAGUGUGAAGGACGGCUUGGUGAUGGAAAACCGGUGUUCAUCUUGUUGUUCAUCAAUUGUUGGGAGAAAGGAACUGCAGUGCGGCGUUUCAUGUUGUUUGUCCGCGUGGCAUCGUUCAACUGCCGCGGUAAUGGAUGGAGGAUACAUGCAAAAAUUGGAGGAAAAACACGAAUGACAAUUAAUGAAACCAGAAUCUGGCAUGGAAGAAAAACGCAACAAAAAAGACAAGGAGCAAUUGGCGAUUGUUAAACAUCACAAGUGACAGAGCGAAAAAUCGCAAAAAGAUAUUG